CCGAACAUUUUGAUUAGACACAUCUCUAAAUUUUUCAUCUCAUUUUCUACUAUCUACCCUUAACCACUACUCCGCCGGCGGCAGCUACCAGCGCCACCACCGGCCACCACGCCGUCUUCUCCUCUUCUAUCUCCCAGUCUCGCUGCCCUCGGUCCUCUUCUUUCUUCUUCUCCUCUCUCGCCCGCCCCUUCUCUUUUCUCUUCUCCUCUCUCGCGCGCUUGCUGCACGUUAAGCUCUACCUCUAAGACCCUCAUCCAGCCACGCCACCUUUGAGAUCGGCCUCCACAAUCCUCAAGCAGUGAAAAAUUAUUGACACAGCAAGAUGGAAGUGUAGCUCCAACUGAAAUCUUGAACAUGUCUCUGAUGGAAAAAGCCAAUGAUUGCUGCUUCUCUAGUGUAUUGUCAAUUGCUACCCUUUCAAGUGCUGCUUUUGUUGUCACCUUGAUCUUGGUUCGUGUUCUUUAUGUCAUAUAUUGUAGCAGCAGGCCCUUGAGCAAAAGAGCUUCAAAACCUGUUAGUACCCUUAUUAUUUUAGGAUCAGGUGGUCAUACUGCCGAGAUGCUUAAUCUAUUGGCAGUGUUACAGAAAGAUAGGUUUAAACCGAGAUUCUACAUUGCCGCUGCUACUGAUAAUAUGAGUCUUCAAAAAGCUCUGUUGUUGGAGAACAACCUAGCAUCUGAGAGUGGAACAGACGUUGCCGUUACUGCACAGUUCAUGAAGAUUUAUCGAAGUAGGGAAGUUGGUCAAUCAUAUAUAACCUCAGUUUGGACUACUUUAAUUGCAACGGUGCAUGCACUAUGGCUGAUGAUUAAAAUCAGACCUGAAGUGAUACUUUGCAAUGGACCUGGAACUUGCAUUCCCCUUUGUGUUAUUGCAUUUAUAUUUAAGGUACUCGGAAUCAGAUGGUCAUCAAUUUUCUACGUUGAGAGUAUUGCAAGAGUUAGAAGACUCUCCUUGAGUGGCUUGCUCCUAUACAAGUUGUGGAUGGCUGAUCAAAUUUUUGUUCAAUGGCCACAGUUGCAACAACAGUAUCCCCGAGCUACCUAUGUUGGUCGACUCAUGUAAUGAACCGAUUCCUUCGACAUUGGUUAAGAUAAAUUUUUAUUGUGCAAUCAGGUAACUUGAAAUUUUGCUCAUGAAAUAUAUUGCUAUAAAGCAGGCCAUUCAGUGCUUUGUUUUAUUGGAUAAGUUCAUGUAAGUGAACUUUUUUAGUCCUUUUCAUUUUCAAUUUUAUUCUUCUGCUUUGUGUUACUUGUAAACACAACAUUUUUUAACAUAUUCAAGAUUUUGUUUAACUAUGAAGCAACAAACCAUCACAUCAAAGUAGCAUUUUAGUUCA